AUGUCAUCAGCGACGGAAUCCCCCCUCGCGGCCUACAGCGCCUACAAGUUCUUCACAAUAACCGGCCCCAAGCCACUCGUAGCACACGUGCAGAUCCAGCGGCCAGAGAAGCUCAACGCCUUCUCCGAGCCCAUGUGGCUCGAGUUUGGACGCAUCUUCCGGCAGCUGAGCGAGGAUGCCGAUGUGCGGGCCGUGGUGCUGAGCGGCGCGGGCGACAAAGCGUUCACUGCUGGGCUGGACGUGCAGUCGGCGUCUCAGGAUUCAGUGCUGAACUCUGAUGGGAAUGAUCCGGCCAGGAAGGCGAAGAAGAUUAGGGCGCACAUUGAGGAGUUUCAGAGCUCUAUUGGGGCGCUGGAGAAGUGCGAAAAGCCGGUGAUUUGCGCCAUGCAUGGAAUUUCCAUCGGCCUCGCCAUCGAUAUUUCCUGCUGCGCCGAUGUCCGCGUCUGCGCAUCCAACACCCGCUUUGCCGUCAAGGAGGUUGACAUUGGUCUCGCCGCUGACAUCGGCACGCUUGCACGUCUUCCCAAGGUCGUGGGCUCCAACUCGUGGGUCAAGGACGUGUGCCUGACGGCCCGUGACUUUUCUGCACAGGAAGCCCUGGCGGUGGGUUUCGUGAGCCAGGUGCACGAAGGCAAGGAGAAGGCGGUACAAGCGGCCAUUGACAUGGCGACGUUUAUUGCAUCGAAGAGCCCGGUGGCGGUUCAGGGCACAAAGGAGCUGCUGAACCACGCGAGAGAUCACAGCACGGCGGAUGCUCUGCGGUAUACGCAGUUGUGGAAUUCGGCGGCGCUGCAGGGAGCGGAUUUCCCGGCGGCGAUGAUGAGCGUGUUGAAGAAGCAGAAGCCGACGUUUGCCAAGUUGUAA